AACUACUAUUUUUCAUGUCUACCUCUGCCCUUGCCCAACUUAAACAGCACACCGUUGUUGUUGCCGAUACCGGUGACUUUGAAUCUAUUGCCAAGUUCAAACCCCAAGAUGCCACUACCAAUCCUUCGCUUAUCCUUGCUGCCACUCAGAAACCUCAGUACGCUCGUUUGAUCGAUGAAGCCAUUGCAUACGGCAAAGCUCAUGCCAGCACCCCCAAGAAACAACUUGAAGCUGCGUUUGACAAGUUGCUUGUCAACUUUGGUGUUGAAAUUCUCAAGGUUGUUCCUGGUCGUGUUUCUACUGAAGUUGAUGCCCGUUUAUCUUUUGACAAGGAAGCCUCUAUUGCCAAGGCACGUACCAUUAUUGAUCUCUACCAAGCUGCAGGCAUUUCCAAGGAUCGUGUUUUGAUUAAGCUAGCAUCUACUUGGGAAGGCAUUCAGGCUGCCAAGGAACUGGAAGCUGUUCAUGGCAUUCACUGCAACCUUACUCUUUUGUUUUCCUUUUCUCAAGCUGUGGCUUGUGCCGAAGCUCAGGUCACUCUCAUAUCUCCUUUUGUCGGUCGCAUUCUUGACUGGCACAAAAAAUCCACUGGUCAAGAUUUCACUGCUCUUACUGAUCCUGGUGUCAUUUCUGUUCAAUCCAUCUACAACUACUACAAGCGUCACGGUCACAAGACCAUUGUGAUGGGUGCUUCAUUCCGCAAUGUUGGUGAGAUUGAAGAAUUGACUGGAUGCGACUAUUUAACCAUUUCUCCUAGUCUGCUGAGUGAGCUUGAGAGUAUGCAGAAAACCCUUACUCCUCGUUUGACCAAAGACAAGGCCGUCACUAUGGAUAUUCCUGCCGUUUCAUUUGAUGAAAAAACAUUUAGGUGGGCAAUGAACGAGGACGCUAUGGCUACCGAGAAGCUGUCUGAGGGUAUUCGCAACUUUGCCAAGGAUGGAUGCAAACUUGAAGCAAUUCUGAUGGCCAAACUGUCUGCCUAACACUCUGCUUUGAUUCUUUGAAAUAAACCAACAUGGAUUUUCAAUUGAU